AUGGACGCCGCCGGCGCCGGCGCGAGCAACGGGGGGCUGCUGUACCACGAGGUGCAGGAGGGGAAGCUGUGCGCCGUGCACUGCGUCAACACCGCCCUGCAGGGCCCCUUCUUCUCCGAGUUCGACCUCGCCGCGCUCGCCGCCGACCUCGACCAGCGCGAGCGCCAGGUCAUGCUGCAGGGCGCGCAGGGCGCCGCCACCGUCGCCGCGGGGGACUUCCUCGACGAGGGCGAGGGCUCCCACAACGUCUCCCUCGGCGGCGACUUCAGCAUCCAGGUUCUGCAGAAGGCACUGGAAGUCUGGGACCUCCAAGUUCUUCCCCUUGACUCCCCAGCAGCUGGGUCGUCCCUAUUUGACCCAGAGCUAGAAAUUGCUUUCAUUUGCCACCUUCAGGACCACUGGUUCUGCAUCAGGAAGGUGAAUGAGGAGUGGUAUAACUUCAACAGUCUCUACCCUGCUCCUGAGCAUCUGUCAAAGUUCUACCUCUCAGCUUUCAUUGACACCCUGAAGGGGGCAGGCUGGAGCAUUUUUGCUGUUAGGGGCAAUUUCCCUAAAGAGUGUCCCAUGGCGACAGAAGGCUCCAAUGGUUUCGGGCAGUGGCUGACUCCUGAAGAUGCCCGCAAGAUAACAGCCUCUUGUAACCAGGUUCCAGCACCCACUCAUCAGGGAGCAGUCUCUCAGCUCGGUGGUCAGUCAGCAGGCAUGAGUGAAAUGGACAUCAUCGCAGCACAGCAGGAAGAAGCUGACCUGAACGCCGCUAUAGCUGCCAGCCUGAUGGACGCUGGGGGUCCAUUUGGCAGCCACAGUGCACCUCAAGAAGAAUCCAGGCCCCAGCCUAGCUAUGUGGUGGAGCAAGGAGCUAAUGUAACUACCUCUGUCGCAGUGGGCGAAGAUAGCUAUGUGGUGGAACAAGGAGCUAAUGAAGCUGAAGCAAGUGAGCCCGGCAGCGAUACCAUAGAGGGGUCCGCCCCAGGCAGCUACCCGAGGGAGAGGUCUCCCCCUUCGGAGAGAAGAUAG